UUCUUGUAAAAUCAAAGCACCGAUCGAUCAUUUCAUAAAGUCAAGAGAAAGAAGCAAAAACUCAUCUUUUGCAUUUUGCCAUGGCGACGACUUUCGAAGACGGAGACUUCCCGGCGGCGGCUCAGACCCAUUCUCCGACCGAACACGACGAUUCAUUCAUGAGCUACGAAAACUUCUCCUCCGAAGCCCCACCGCCAUCUGGUGGUGGCUUCUCCUCCUUCAACGGUGACGGAUCUGAAAAUCCCGCCUCUCCCAACAACGGCUACGGAUUCGCCGCCGCUGAUGCUUCCUCCCCAAACGGAAACGGCGACGCGAUCUUCGCCUCCGACGGGCCCACUCUUCCAGAUCCGAACGAGAUGCGGGAAGAGGGUUUCCAACGCCGUGAGUGGCGCCGUCAAAACGCACUUCACCUGGAGGAGAAGGAAAAGAAGGAGAAGGAAAUGCGGAAUCAGAUCAUAGCUGAAGCUGAAGAGUACAAGAAGGCUUUCUAUGAGAAGCGAGAGAAGACCAUCGAGACCAACAAGGCUGAUAACCGCGAACGCGAGAAGCUGUAUUGGGUGAACCAAGAGAAGUUCCACAAAGAAGUUGACAAGCACUACUGGAAAGCGAUCGCGGAGCUGAUCCCGCGUGAGGUUCCCAACAUUGAGAAGAAGAGAGGGAAAAAGGAUCCCGACAAGAAACCUUCAGUGAAUGUUAUCCAGGGCCCUAAACCUGGGAAGCCUACUGAUCUAGGGAGAAUGAGGCAGAUAUUCUUGAAGCUCAAGACUAAUCCACCACCCCACAUGAUGCCUCCUCCUCCUCCAGCCAAGGACGCGAAAGAUGCCAAAGAUGGUAAAGAUGCAAAAGGUGAGAAGAAGGACGCCAAAGAUGUCAAAGAUGGAAAACCCGCCGCAGAGACAAAGGCGGCAGAGGAAAAACCUGCAUCACCUGCCAAGGACGCAAGUGCUGAAACAACAGCGAAACCUGAGGCUGCCACUGCUGCUGCUGCUGCUGCUGCUGCUGGCUCGGGAGAGGGGGAAAAGCCUGUGGCUGAGGCUGAAGGAGCCAAGGCAGAGUGAAAGAAAAGGGUGUGUUAGCAUUACUGUUGGAGGGGGGGGUUGGGGGGAUAAAUUGGUAUUGGAGUUACAGUAGCUGCGGGGCAAAAUAAGAAGAGGUUAACAUGUGCACAUAGAAGCUCUAUUGGGGGAUCUCUAUGGCACACCAUUUCUUCUUCUGGAGAGAGAAAGAGAUAAUCUUAGUCCUUCCUUUUGGUUUUCUAUUUUUAUUCAUUAUUUCUUUUGUUGUGCAAAAUUUGGUGAUGAGGAUAUUGUCUGGGAUUAUUCAUUUUACUUCCACGUUAUUACAUUUUUAUAAGACUUGAGAAAUACAGUUACAGGUUGUCGGA